GAUUAUACAACGAGUUCAUGAUAAAAGUGAAAAAAGUGUUAUACAUAAAAAAAGUUCUAUACAGUGUGAAGAUGUGGUAAAGGAUUUUGAGAAGGCUGAUGAGGAUGAUAUGAUGUUUUUAGACAUUGAAAUACCGAGUGACGAAGUUAUGAUAUACAAUGAAAUCACAGUUGAUGACCCAGUGAUCGAAAAUGAAAUACCGAGUGACGAGGUUAUGAUAUACAAUGAAAUCACAGUUGAUGACCCGGUGGUCGAAAAUGAAAUACCGACUGGCGAAGUUAUGAUAUACAAUGAAAUCACAGUUGACGAGACUGUACAGGCAAAUAAUAAUGAAACACCUGUAGAUGGCCCAGGGGUCGAAAAUGAAAUACCCGUAGAUGUUGAAAAAAAUGACAUGGCUAACACAGACCGAAAAUAUGAAACAGCGGCGGAACUGUUUGCCAAUGCAGAGUUGGAGAUAAAAGAAAAUGAACCAGUUGAUGAGGAGUUGGAUAAGUUUUUAGGAGAUCUAGUACAAAAUGCUCUUGAAGCAAAUGGUCUUGGAGAAAAAAUAUAUUCAGAAAUUAAAAAACUAGCAAUUACGUCGGUGAAAAUAUUACCACCAACUAAACGAAUUACAAUGAAUUCUAAAAAAAUAACAGCCGUAGAUGAUGAUGAAGAACGCAGUAAAGAUGGCAAUACUGAAAAAGAGGAUCCAGUAUUACCUAUUCGAUCCGGGAAACACGGCAAAAAAAUAAUAGCCGUAGAUGAUGAUGAAGAUGACGUGGUUAUAUUAAGCCAAUCGUCAACGUCUUCGUCAUCAUCAUCGUCAUCGGGGUCAUCGUCAUCGUCAUCGUCAUCGGGACCACCCCCGAUUAUGAACGAAAAUAAUGUUGCUGAGGAGUAUGAUAAAAAAAAUAAAUAUCGGGCUGAAGCAGGGUCUUCAAAGCCAAAAAAUGAUUCUGUAGAUAUUACAGAUUUCUGCGUUGACUGCGAGGGUUAUCAAUGCCCAAAUAAAGCAGCAACGCCAUAUCGUCAAUUUUGUAAAGGCUGUCAUGAAAAAUGGCAGAUGGGUGAACAACCACAUAUCCCACAACCAUCACCAAUACCCAAUCCAAUUUUUGAAAAACGACAACAACUUGUAGAUGAUAAAAUAAAAUGUUUACAAAACCAAAUCCAUGAGCUCGAAGAAUCACUAAACAAAACUAAAUGUGAUCUCUGCUGGGGAAAACCAAUUGUAAAUGAAUUUGGUCAUUGUGAAGGCUGUAUUAUUGUAUCAUAUAUUUGUUAUUGUUAA